AACAUAUGGAAUAAGGAUAAUACUAUUUUAUAGUAACUUGUUUAAAAAUGAAUCAUAUUAUUUACUUUAAUAUUUUAUUAACAUAACUCAUAAGUAUAAAUUAAUUAAUAUUUUUUUAAAAACAUUCAUAACUAUACUAAAGUAAGUAACUUUUAAUACAAAUAUUGUAAUGCAGUCUCUACAAUUAAUAUGUUUUUCAAAACUUUCAAGAUUCUUAUCAAAUAGUUAUUCAUCUAGAACAGUACAUUUUAAUUCUCAUGAUAUAUUUUCUAAAGAUAAUUCUUUAAAAUCUGUGAAAUGUUUAAAGUCGUUAUGUCCUGAACUGAACACAGAUGGUAAACGUCAAGCUGCUGUCCUUAUCCCUUUAUGUAUUGUUAAAGAUGAAAUAUCAUUAUUGUAUACAUUAAGAACAAAUAAUUUAAAAAGAAAUAGUGGCCAAGUAUCUUUCCCAGGUGGAAUGCGUGAAGCAGAUGAACAAUUACAAGAUACAGCAUUAAGAGAAUCUUGCGAAGAACUUGGAAUAAGAAAUAUUGGUGUUAUAGAACCAGAUAAUUUAAAUAUUUGCAAUGAAGAAGUACAGUAUGCGUUUGCUGUUCCCCUUAAGCAUUUUUGCAAACCAGCUAAUUGUAAACAUACAUAUUUCAGACAACAUUCAAACAGAAUAAUGAUGAUACCUGUUUACACAAAUGACUAUAAAAGAAUAUGGGGUAUGACUGCUUAUUUGACUUGGAUGGUAUUAAGAUCCAUUAUACCGGAUAAUUUCAAUCAAAAACUUAAUUCAUCAUUAAAUGGAAGAAAUUUAAAAGUAUAAUAAAUGUAUUAUUUAUUAGUUACCAUUUUAAGUCUUAUUAAUUUAGUAAUAAGAGUCAAAAUAAUUUAUUAUAUU